AUGUCGCCGUCAGAUUCUGCUAGAGGAUCCUUCUACGACAAGCUGUCAGGAUUACCCAGCAUCAUGCCAACAAAGGCUCUGCGACUAGACUUGGUUGGGGCGUUCAUGAAGCACAAAAUCAAAGUCGCCCUUUUGGCCGUUGUCCUAUUCCUAAUCGCCUUGAUCAACGUGUUAGCAAAUUCCACGGGCUCCUUAUACUCUCCAGAUUUCAACAGUACGCCUGGAGCGCAGUAUUUUGAUUUGGCAAACUAUAAAGGCUCUCCUGACGGUUGGCAACGCGACGAAAGGGUGCUCUUCUGCGUCCCCUUAAGGGAUGCAGCAGCCCAUUUGCCCAUGUUCUUCAGCCAUAUGAAAAACCUCACAUACGACCAUAACCUAAUCGACUUAGCAUUCUUGGUGAGUGACUCGAAAGAUGACACGAUGGGAGAGUUAAAGAGACACUUGCUAGAAAUCCAAAGGGAUCCGAACGAGAAAAUGAGAUUUGGAGAGAUUGAAAUUUUUGAAAAGGACUUUGGCCAGAUUAUCGGUCAGUCUUUUAGUGAUAGACACGGGUUUGCUGCCCAAGGGCCAAGAAGAAAGUUGAUGGCUCGUGCCAGAAAUUGGCUUCUAUCAGUGGCCUUGAAGCCGUAUCAUUCGCACGUGUACUGGAGGGAUGCAGAUGUUGAAACAGUUCCACGUACAAUUUUAGAAGAUUUGAUGCAUCACGAUAAGGACGUCAUUGUGCCUAACGUGUGGAGACCUUUGCCAGAUUGGCUUGGAAACCAACAGCCCUACGAUCUUAACUCGUGGCAAGAAUCCGAAGGAGGUUUGCAACUCGCAGACACAUUAGAUGAGGAUUCAUGCAUUGUUGAAGGGUACCCGGAGUAUCAAACAUGGAGACCACAUUUGGCAUAUUUGAGAGACCCUUACGGAGACCCUGAGGUAGAGAUGGAGCUAGACGGUAUUGGAGGAGUUUCCAUCUUGACCAAAGCCAAAGUGUUCCGCCAGGGUGCCCAUUUCCCUGCCUUCUCAUUUCAAAAGCACGCCGAGACGGAAGCCUUUGGCAAGUUAUGUAAGAGAAUGGGCUUUUCUGUGGUCGGAUUGCCACAUUACGUUAUUUGGCAUAUUUACGAGCCAUCGCUGGAUGACUUGAAACACAUGGAGUGGAUGGCGCUUGAAGAAAUGAGACAACAGGAGCAGGCUAAGAUCCAGAAGGUUUACGACAAGGUGUGGGGCGAAGGCUUCUCCGACAUGCAGCUGGAGUGGGAGAAGGAGAAGAACGAUAUACUUAAAAACACUGACGUCAACAGGAAGAUCCAUGUUGAUUGGUCGGGAGUCGAUGAUAUGUUCAUUGAGAAGGCUGACGGCAAGAAGCUCGCUGAUUUCCACCCAUAA